AUGACAGAACAACCACGCAUUCUGCGCCCACGCCCAAGACGGCCCUUCGACCUAGCACCAGCAUCAACCGAAUCCUCCGGGCCCCCAACCCCCGCCGAAUCAACCAGCACGGAGUACCUAAACCCCAACGCGGAGUACCUAAACCCUAGCGCAGCGCCAGGAACAGGGCCCAACUCAACAAGCGUCAGCCGCACCGGCUCAAUCAUGAACCUAACCUCCUCAACCCUGUACGGUAUCUACUCGCCCACAGCAUUCGACAGCCUGCGCGAUGAAUCCAGCCCCUGGGGCACAGAAGCCAAUUCCCCGGCGUCAGAGUACCCGCCUGAGCCGUCGCAGCUUGCAGCAGAGAAGUCGGCCAUUGAACCGCGGCGGCUGGCGCUGCGGCGCACACGCUCGCGGUUGAGUCAGGGGCUGUUCCGGGGUGUGAUCUUGCCGCAGGUUAUGAGCAGUGCGCUGCUAUUUGGGUUUGGUAUUGUUUACGGGGUGAUUACGGUGCAUCUUCAUGAGAAUCAUUGGAUUACCCCUGUGAAGCUGGAGAAUGUUCAUUACUACGAUUCAUGGCAGUACCUCGGGAUUUGGGGGUUGGCUGGAAUUGCGCUGGGCAAUUUGCUUCCUUGGUUGGAUGGUUGGCGUGAGGGUGAGCUUGAGAAGGCUGAUUCCAAGCACGCGAGUAAUGAGGAAGAGCGCGAGGACCGGACUCCGUCUUGGGUUACUGUUGCUCGGAGUGUUGGUGCUUUUGUUGGGAUUGCUUUUGCUAUGCGGAGACUCCCUUGGCAAUCUACCACGCAAGCCUCUCUUACUCUCGCCCUCGCCAAUCCCGUUCUCUGGUACCUCAUUGACCGUACCACGACCGGCUUCGUUCUCUCGACUACCGUCGGCCUGGCCGGUAUGGGAGUGGUUCUCGGCCUCAAGCCAGAGCUGGUACCUGCGUCUACUGGUCCUUCAUUCGGUACUAGCAUCCUGAAUGGUACUGGGCUGGAGAAUGCGCUUGGAGCAGGCAUUACGCAGGAGAGCCUUGCGGUCCGCACCUGGGUCGCGAGUGUCAUUUUCUGCGCCCCCUCCGAUUACGGUGUGACCCCGCGGGUCAUUUCUCUUUUUUCCUCUUGUUCGUCAUUGCUAUAUACCCUGUUGUCACUUGGAUUCAGUGUCGACUCCAUCAUGUCUCAACAGAAGUCUGCCAUCAUCUCCGUCUAUGACAAGACUGGUCUCCUCGACCUGGCCAAGGGCCUCGUCAAGCAGGAUGUCCGUCUUCUCGCGUCUGGCGGUACCGCUAAGAUGAUCCGUGAGGCCGGUUUCCCCGUCGAGGACGUCUCCGCCAUCACUCGUGCCCCUGAGAUGCUCGGUGGCCGUGUCAAGACCCUCCACCCCGCCGUCCACGGUGGUAUCCUCGCCCGUGACAUCGAGUCCGACGAGAAGGACCUUGCUGAACAGAAUAUUGCCAAGGUUGACUAUGUCGUCUGCAACCUGUACCCCUUCAAGGAGACCGUCGCCAAGGUCAACGUCACCAUUGACGAGGCCGUCGAGGAGGUCGAUAUCGGUGGUGUGACUCUGCUCCGCGCUGCGGCCAAGAACCACAAGCGUGUUACCAUCCUGUCCGACCCCACUGACUACCCCGAGUUCCUCAAGGAGCUCGAGGCUGGUGAGAUCACCGAUGCCAGCCGCAAGCAGUACGCCCUCAAGGCCUUCGAGCAGACUGCCGACUACGACUCCGCCAUCUCUGGCUUCUUCCGCAAGGAGUACGCUGGCAACGGCGUGAAGCAGCUCUCUCUGCGUUACGGUACCAACCCCCACCAGAAGCCUGCCUCUGCCUACACUGUCCAGGGUAACCUGCCCUUCAAGGUCCUCAACGGAUCCCCUGGCUACGUUAACCUGCUCGAUGCCCUGAACGCCUGGCCUCUGGUCAAGGAGCUCAAGCAGGCUCUUGGCUUCCCUGCCGCUGCUAGCUUCAAGCACGUUUCUCCCGCUGGUGCUGCCAUCGGUGUGCCCCUCAACGAGAAGGAGCGUAAGGUGUACAUGGUCGAUGACAUCAAGGGCAUCGAGUCCUCCGGUCUCGCUCAGGCCUACGCCCGUGCUCGUGGUGCCGACCGCAUGUCCAGCUUCGGUGACAUCCUCGCCCUCAGCGACAUUGUCGACGUGCCCACCGCCAAGAUCAUCUCCCGCGAGGUUUCCGACGGUGUCAUCGCCGCCGGCUACCAACCCGAGGCUCUGGAGAUCCUCUCCAAGAAGAAGGGCGGCAAGUACCUCGUCCUCCAGAUGGACGAGGACUACACCCCCGCCCCCGAGGAGACCCGCACCCUGUACGGCGUGCAGCUGACCCAGCACCGCAACGACGUCGUCAUCUCCCCCAGCAAGACCUUCAACACCGUCAUCACCCCCAAGAACAGCGCCGCCCUCCCCGAGGCUGCUCUCCGUGACUUGACCGUCGCCACCAUCGCCCUCAAGUACACCCAGUCCAACUCGGUCUGCUACGCCCUGAACGGCCAGGUCAUCGGCCUCGGCGCCGGCCAGCAGAGCCGUAUCCACUGCACCCGUCUAGCCGGUGACAAGGCUGACAACUGGUGGAUGCGCUUCCACGAGCGUGUCAUCAACAUCAAGUGGAAGCAGGGCACCAAGCGUGCCGACAAGUCCAACGCCAUUGACCUGCUCUGCUCAGGCCAGACUCCCCGCAAUGACGCCGAGACCGCUGAGUACGUCCGCGUCUUCGAGGAGGUCCCCGCUCCUUUCACCGCUGAGGAGCGUGAGGCCUGGCUCGAGAAGCUCAGCGAGGUUGCCGUCUCGUCCGAUGCAUUCUUCCCCUUCAUCGACAACGUCUUCCGCGCCGCCCGCUCAGGCGUCAAGUACAUUGCCGCCCCUACUGGCAGCCAGAACGACACUCCCGUCUUCGAGACCGCCGAGAAGCUGGGUAUCACCUUUGUCGAGCAGGGUAUCCGUCUUUUCCACCACUAG